CCCAGAACAAGGAAGGUUGAACCUAAAGACUGUGGCCUUUUGACCUACUUGGUGUUUGUGUGUUUGUGUGUAUCACACUCCCACCUUAACCAGUCCUGCCACAUUUACCUGCAACAGGCAGACAGGAUGUCUUUAUAUGGUAGCUUCCUGUCUGACGAGCAGUUCCUGUGCUCGAUCUGCCUCGAUGUGUUCACCAACCCUUCGUCCACGCCGUGCGGCCACAGCUUCUGCAUGAGCUGCAUCAGCAGAUACUGGGAUGGAUCUAAGGUUUGCCAGUGUCCUCUGUGCAACAAGACCUUCCAGAAGCGACCAGACCUCCAGAUCAACAGGACAUUGCGAGAGAUCACUGAGCAGUUCAGAUCCAUGAAGGGAGGGGACGUAGUGGGGAGGGAUAAGAGAGAGGGAAGAGGAGGUGGAGGAGGAGGAGGUGGAGGAGGAGGAGGAGUAGGAGGGGGAGGACAUAGAGGCAUACCAGAUAAUGUAUUCGAUGAAUUGAAGAAGAGGCUGCCUCGAUCUCUGCCAAAAGCAGCAGUGACGCUGACCUGUGAGGCUCAAGUUAAGAAAGGUGAGUUCGCCCCAAUGUCAUGUUCACCAGUCACGACCUCACUGGCUUCUUCGGUACCAAACCACAGUCCGAUUGCUGCCCUGAACCAAAACUCUGCACCUCUUCCGCCACCUCCUCCUUACACCCGCUCCAGCGGCAGGAGAAGGUUCACCGUGAGUGGGGCUGCAAGUAGCCACAGUCUUCCUCUCUGUGAGAUCCACCACAGAGGAAUAAUGAUUUACUGUUUGACGGACCGAGAGUGUAUCUGUCCUGAAUGUGUGACUGUGGAUCAUCAGGGUCACAAUACAGUGACAAUCGAAGAUGCAUGGAUUGAAACCAAGGCCCAACUAACUCUGUCAGGGCAGGAGAUCCAGGAGAUGAUCAGACAGAGAAUCAGGAAGAUGGAGGAGAUCAAGAUGUCAGUGACUCAACUGGAGCUGGCGGUGGAGCGAGAGACAGCGAGCAGCGUUUGCCUUUUUUCUGAGCUGGCAUCUGCCAUUGAGCGUUCUCAAGCAGAGCUGAUGGAGGUAAUGGACAGGAGCCGGAGGGCGGCUGAGCAACAGGCUGAUGCCAUGAUACGACAGCUGGAGCUGGAGGUUGAAGAACUGCGGAGGAGAGAGAGCACCAUCGCUGAGCUCGUACAAUCAGAUGACCAUAUACACUGUGUCAAGUCUUUCCCAAUCCCCUUGAGUCUUCCACCUACCAAAGACUGGUCUGGGGUGUCAGUGAACUCUGACCUGGGAACAGGAACCAUCUACAGGUCGCUUGCAGCUCAGGUGGAGAGGUUCCAGGAAACACUGAAGAAUAUUGCAGAAACAGGUUUUCCUGCUCCAGUACAGGAACCCAGUCCAGUCCAAACACAGCCAAGGGUGAAGAGGGUACAGGAGUAUGCAGUGGAUGUGACGCUGGACUGCAACACUGCUCAUCCCAGGCUGAUUAUGUCUGAGGACAUGAAGAGCGUGAGGUGUGGAGAUCGACACCAAAUGGUUCCAGACAAUCCAGAGAGGUUUGACAGAGUGGUCUGUGUCCUCGGGAGAGAGGCCAUCUCCUCUGGGAGACACUACUGGGAGGUGGAGGUUGGUGGUAAGACGGACUGGGACCUGGGGGUGGCCAGACAAUCAAUCAACAGGAAGGGGAAGAUUGAAGUCACUCCAAGCAACGGAUACUGGUUCCUUAGUCUAAGAGACAAGAACAAGUACGCCUUUCGCACUGAACCCUCCAUAGACGUCCAUCUGAACCUCCGUCCACACAAGAUUGGGAUAUUUGUGGACUUUGAGAAAGGACAGGUGUCUUUCUUCAACGUUGACGCUAAAAUCCACAUCUACACUUUCAAUGACACUUUCAAUGAAUGCAUCUAUCCCUUCUUCAGUCCCUGCACGAAUAAAUCUGGAAAGAAUGAGGGGCCGCUGACAAUCUCGCCAGUAAAUAUGAUGCCAGAGUGACCAAACACCUUUAAAGUUAUUUCUCGUUCCCUCUGUUAUACUGACUUAUGCACUUGGUUUGUCCUGUCAAAAGAAUUCUUGGUCAUAUUUUUCUAUCAAUAUUGUAGUAUUGUUGUCUUUCUUGUGGUAGAAGUUGUUCUUUGACUGUGAAUCAUCUAAUAAAACAAUCACAUCUGGA